AUGGGAAACAAACAGACCAAGUCAAAGGACAACGGAAAGAAGUACAAGAUUGACAAUGACACCGUCAAGAAGCUUCAAGAGUCUACCAACUUCGACAAGGUAGAGGUUAAGAAGUUGUACGAGGUGUUCUCAGAGAUUAGUGAGGGAGGCAGAAAGCCCUUGGACCGCGCUCAGUUCAAGUUGGGUCUGAACAAGUUGUCCCACUGUGGAUUGAAGAACCUCGAUGGUACCCCAUUCCCAGAUCGUCUCUUUGAUCUGCUCGACAUCAACAAGGACAACACAGUCGAUCUCCAAGAGUUUGUCGGUGGUCUAUCUAUGCUCUGCAAGGGUUCAAUCGAAGAGAAGUUGGAGUUGUCAUUCAAGGCAUAUGACCUCGAUGGUAACGGAUAUAUCUCAAAGCAUGAGUUGUCAUUGAUGUUCAAGCAGGCUUGGAUCUCUGGUUUCAAGGCACUCUCUUAUCAGACCAAUGAUGAGCUCAACCCAGAUGACUUGCAGAACUUCUCUGAGGACAUGGCACAGAUAUUCGCCGAGGGUGCAUUCUCAUCGCUCGAUGUCAAUGGCGAUGGCAAGCUCUCGUUCAGCGAGUUCAAGCAGUUUGCCCUGUCGCAUCCAAAGAUCACCGCCACACUCAAUGGCUCCAAGAAGGACGUUCCAAUUACAUUUGACUAA